CCUGAGAAUGAUGAUGCUUUAUAUCAUAUUAUUAAGAUGAGGAGAGAUUUGGGUUGGAUUACAGAGUUACCACGCCAUGGUCCUGGCUGUAAACUCAUCAUGGAGAAAAUAGCUGCUAUGCCAGAUCCUUUGACAGAAGUGCAAGAAGAUAGUGGAGAAUUUCUAUAUUGUUUACCCAGAAACAGACACGAAUCAAGAGGCAGAUACGAUCCAUAUGAUUUACAAGUUUGUCACCAAGGAACAGGUGAUGCACAAGACUCUUCAACAAAUACACCUACAUUAUGGUGGAUUUGGGAAAGACGCCAUUAUUAUGAGAUCUACAACUUAAAAGUGUUUGCUAAUUUCAGAAUAAAGAAAACCUUCAAAAAUUGGUGUCAAAAUAUUCGCCAUCAGAAGAACAAAAGCAAUCAAUUGAUCCUAGCUAAAAAUCUAUUCACUGCUAAUGAAGUACUACAAGGAUGUUUAUACCAUGUGAAGACAUUAUGUGAGGUGGCUAGAAAUGGAGGUAAAGAUAUGGAAGAAGACAGUAUUAUAACACUUGUAGACUUGGAUAAAUCUCUUACUUUAACCCUGGAAGAAUUUAAAACCAAACAAAUCAACCAAUGUAACAAAGCUUUAAAUCAACUCAAUCUAUUGAGAGAAAGUGUUAUUGAUAUUAAAGACAACUUAUUUAUCAAGGAAUGGUUUUAUUAUUCAGAAUUUAUAUUUGCAGACAAGCCAUUAUAUGCUGAAAUAGCCAAAUGGAGAAAGAUACUGGCCAGAAUGGCCUCGUUUUUAAAAGCUGUUGAUUAUUUGUUAAUGGAUUUAUUAAGAUUUCUUGUUAAAGAUGGUGUUCAGAAAUUAUUAAAUCAUUUU